CAGAAAAGAAGAAGGCUAAUGACGUCAUCUGGCAAAGGUGGUUCGCCCGUCCACCAAGAUGGCGGCCACGAUGUUGAGGUCGCUUACUAAACUGGGACGUCCUUCAACCAAAUUAAUAUUGAACAAAGGUGUAGUAGUCCCUGGCUGUAGUGUGCUGCAGAACAGGCAGAAACAAUGGCAGCCAGAUCCAGAAUGGAUGGAGCAUUACGCUGGCGCAGUGAUGUAUCCUACGGCUGAAAAUAAGAACUGGAAGCCCCCUCCAUGGAAUGACAAAGAUGCGCCUAUGGAGAAAGAAGUGUCCAACUUGACCAUCAACUUUGGCCCUCAGCACCCAGCUGCCCAUGGUGUGCUGCGGUUGGUGAUGGAGCUCAGUGGUGAGUCUGUCAAGAAAUGUGACCCUCACAUCGGCCUUCUGCACCGCGGCACGGAGAAGCUCAUUGAGUAUAAGACCUACCUGCAGGCCCUGCCGUACUUCGACCGUUUGGACUAUGUUUCCAUGAUGUGCAAUGAGCAGGCUUACUCCUUGGCUGUGGAGAAGCUUCUCAACAUCCAGGCCCCAGAGAGAGCACAGUGGAUUAGAGUUCUGUAUGGAGAGCUUACUCGCAUCCUCAACCACAUCAUGGCAGUCACUACACAUGCCCUGGACAUUGGCGCAAUGACUCCUUUCUUCUGGAUGUUUGAGGAACGAGAGAAGAUGUUUGAGUUUUAUGAGCGAGUGUCUGGAGCUAGAAUGCACGCUGCAUAUGUGCGGCCGGGCGGAGUUCAUCAGGAUUUGCCGCUGGGCCUGAUGGAUGACAUCUAUGAGUGGUGCAAGAAUUUCUCCCUCAGAAUUGAUGAAGUGGAGGAGAUGUUGACCAACAACCGCAUCUGGAAGAACCGCACCGUUGAUAUUGGUGUUGUCACAGCUGAGGAAGCGCUCAACUACGGAUUUAGUGGUGUGAUGCUCAGAGGCUCUGGGAUCAAGUGGGACCUGAGGAAGAGUCAGCCCUAUGACAAGUAUGCUGAGGUGGAGUUUGAUGUUCCUAUCGGAAGCAACGGAGAUUGUUAUGAUAGGUAUCUGUGCCGAGUAGAAGAGAUGAGGCAAUCUCUGAGGAUCAUGCUCCAGGCCCUCAACAAGAUGCCAGAGGGAGAGAUCAAGGUGGAUGAUGCCAAAGUGGCUCCUCCCAAGAGGUCUGAGAUGAAGAUGUCCAUGGAGUCCCUGAUUCACCACUUUAAACUGUACACGGAGGGUUACCAGGUUCCUCCUGGGGCUACUUACACGGCUGUGGAGGCGCCCAAGGGUGAGUUUGGUGUGUAUCUGGUGUCGGACGGUUCCAGCAGACCCUAUCGCUGCAAGAUCAAAGCUCCUGGCUUCGCUCAUUUGGCUGGUCUGGAUAAGAUGGCCCAAGGACACAUGCUCGCAGAUGUGGUGGCCAUUAUUGGUACACAGGACAUUGUGUUUGGUGAAGUCGACCGUUGACGUGAAGAUUCAUUGUCCUUUCUGCGUUUUGCUGUAGUGACUUGAGAUCAGCUGAUGUACAAUGCCUAAAAUCAUGCUAAUAAAUAUUUUAUCUCCUUCAA